AUGGUCAAGGCGCGAGACUUUAGUGCACUUGGUCGCUACCAUAUCAUUAGAGACAAAUAUUUGGGGCAUAAGAUCUAUGAAGUCGUCGAGACAGUGGAUCAGAGAUCAAUUGAGAGUAACCUGGUGAUCCAGUUGAAACAGUUGCUGGCAGGGCCUCGUGUUUGGAUCAACAGCACGUGGAUAACGUCCGCCGCCUUCGAUCUGCCACUCGGCGUUCCCGACCACGUCAGUCGCACCGGACUCCACGCCUUCCAGCCAGACAACUUCCGGCUAAGUAAUCCAGCAUUCACGCACCACGAGGAAGCAGACGAGCCAGGGGAACCCAUCUCUGACGAGGAGUUCGCGCUGUCCGCCACCUCUGCCGCAGCGCUGCUGGAGCCGCCACUGGACGACGGCUCCCCGGACCCCAUCCUUGCUGCGGGGCUCUUCGAGGGCGACAUCGCUGGGGUCUCCCCGGAGGACUUGCACUCUUGAGAAUCUACUGCAGUUCGAAGACUCGCAAAGCGCUGGGAGGGCGGCGUGGUGCCCUACGUCAUCUCUGCAGCCUUCACGGGCCGCGAGCGGCUGGAGGUGGCGGCGGCCUUCCGGGAGUUCCACGAGCUGACGUGCGUGCGCUUCGUGCCGCGCACCGGGCACACCAGCUACGUGCACCUCCGCAAGGGCACCGGGUGCAGCAGCCUGAUCGGGCGCGUGGGCGGCGAGCAGACGGUGAGCCUGGGUUCCGGCUGCUUGAAAAAGGGCGUCGUGCAGCACGAGCUGAUGCACGCCCUCGGCUUCUGGCACGAGCACAGCCGCUCAGACCGCGACGCCUACGUCACCGUGCUGCUGCGCAACGUUAGGCGAGGUUAUGAGCCCCAGUUCAAGAAGCAUGGUUGGCACAUAGCACAAAGCCUCGGCCUGCCGUAUGACACUGGCUCGCUGCUGCACUACGGCAGGCUGGCCUUCUCGCGCGACGGCCGCUCGCCGACCAUCGUGCCCAGGGACCCACGAGCCGCCAUCGGCCAACGGCUAGGCUUCAGCGAGGUGGACGUGGCCAAGAUCAACCUGCUGUACGGCUGCCGCAACACGCUGGUGAGACGGCCCACACCGCCCACACAGCCGCCCCCGCGCCCUGGUGAGUACCCUCAGUGUUGCUGGCUGCUAGCCUGGUGGUGA